UGCAUAUUCUGUGAAAAUCAAGACAAGAAUUUGUCCAAUAUACCAAAUUGUAUUUUGAUGAUAAUAAUUGCUACGAAACUUGUAAUACAAAGCUUCCCUUGAACAGCUGAUAACAAGAAUUGUAGCUAAUAAUACAAUCUGUCAGCAUAUUUUGAAGAAUUCUGUUUCGAAUAUCAAAUGUCUGAAAUCACGAUUAUGAAGUCUUGUGCUACCUCUCCGGGGAGAUCCAUUACUUUUCCACAUCUUGAUGACAAUUUACCACAAAAUCAGAUUUCUGUUGCUAGCUGUUCUUUCAACGACAAAGGUAAAGAGAAUGACAUGAAGGACACAGGAAAAAACAGCAGUUUUACAUUUAGGAUUCAUGACCAUGUGAAAAUGGGUCCUAAUCUGUCUGAGAUUCUGAAGGGGAAGUUGAGUUUGGGGGCAAGGAUUAUACAAGAAGGAGGAAGAGGGAACAUCUUCAAGAAUGUUUUUGGGAUGCAAGAAAAAGAGCAAUUGUUAAAGGCCUCUCAGUGUUAUGUAUAUACCACAGCUGGUCCUAUUGCAGGAGUUCUCUUUAUCUCAACCCAAAAGGUUGCAUUUUGCAGUGAAAGGCCAAUAACCUUCAGUUCUGUGACAGGAGAGUUAGCCAAGGCACCAUACAAGGUUUUGAUUCCAAUAGGUAGAAUAAAAGAGGUCAAUGGAAGCCAGAAUGUGAAUAAUGUAGAACAGAAGUACAUAGAGAUAGUGACAGAGGAGGAUUCUGAAUUUUGGUUUUUGGGGUUCCUGCGGUACGAGAAAGCUCUUAAGAAUCUGAACAAAGCCAUUUCCAUGUCCAAUCAUAACCUAAAGGAGUGAAUGUUAGCAUUCUAUAUUUUGUGAAGAACUUAGUUUUAUUUUUCUGUUGGGUAGUUAAGCUUUAUAAUGUGAAGUACUUAGUUUUAUUUUUCUGUUUUGGAUGAUUAACAGCUGCUGAUGACCAAUUUGUAUAGGUUUAAGGUAUAAAAAACAAUUGGGUUGAAGGAAGUAUUAAUCUUUAAAUAGGUUUAAGGUAGCAUUAAGGUCUAACUUUAUAUGACAAUUUUGUACCAUAUGUGUGUUUGUUUCACAAGUUAACGGAAUUCUCAACUUGGCACAAAAGAUAAAUAAGAUGAUAAAGGGGUUAUGCAUCAUUGAUCACCAAAAUGUGAAUCAAAGGAGUGCUUACACUUCAACCAUAGCAGCAUAUGCCAUUUAUUAUAUUCAUGUAAAUGUCCUUCCCGGAAGAACCAUCUAAUCUGAUUUGACUGGUUUUAUUCAUUCUGGUGGGAAAAUUAAGCCCUCUUGAAGUUAACCUUGAAGGAUGGAACCUUAUCACUGAGAGACAAAUGCUUGUUUCCAUCAUCACCAACAUAUAAGCCAAGUUCCCUACACAAAGUCUGGCAUUUACACACUGAGGGACAGAAAGAAAUGACAUAGUCUUUGUCAGCCUUCUCAAUCUUGAACCAAUUGACGACAGUGUCAAUCCCUGGAUUGCCUUCAACACCACCAGUGCUCAAAAACCACACCCCAGUUAACACCUUGAGGAGCUUCCACACAGGGGGUUUGUCACAGGAAGUGGUUGGCCCAUAGGACUUGAUGUUGAGAUCAGUUGAAGUUAGAACAACACCACUUUUGGCAUUGUAUGGUGUGAAAGUAACUGGGGAGCCAUUCAAGACUUCAAGCUUCUCUUGCACCACAAAGAGUGGGCAUGUGGUGUUGCCACUGGUUGAAACAGUUAGACCACCGCCUUUGCCCCUCAAGACUGGGAGAAUGUAGUACUUGAUACCUGUUCUCAGUUUCUGGCCGGAGGUGUCAACCACCGGCUCAGGUGCUGCCACAGCAACACCCACCAAGAGAAUGGAAAAUGCUAAGAGUGAGGCCUUCAUGUUUCUGAAUGAUGUAAGAAUAGAUUUGGUGUUUCUGUGUGUACUUGAUGGAUUGGGAAAGAUUAGCCUCUAUUUAUAGGGGCUUAAAAGGGGACAUCAUGAGUUUUGUGUCUUUGGAUCUCUAUUAUUUAGGAUAAAUGAUAUUUUAACAGACACAAAUUCUUCAUAUUUAUUUGAUGUUAUUUUUUGUAA